AUGGAGGCGCUACACCGAAGCCAGCAUCGGGCAUUUGCAAACGCAGAUGCCCCUCAGAAGCUGUAUAAGGGGCCGCUUCGGGACUGGCAGAGCUAUUGCAGUGCUCAUCCGGACAGAGUUCGUUCCACCCACCGAUACGUAGACAAGAAGGGAGUGAAGCGGUUCCAUGGAAACAAGAACCUGAAGCCAACAGAGAAUUAUCCACCUCGAUUCGGUCUGCGCCUCGUCGAGCUCCACGACCAGGUGCUGGCCACGAAGCAGGGUGCACCUGUGCUGCCAGAGGACUUGCCGACAGCCAUUGAUACCUUUACCAUGAUGACAUGCGAUGACAUGUGGGAUGAUGCGAAGAUGAUUGAAUGCAUUCGGUACAUUCGUGGUGGCACUUCUUUACGCAUCCCUGAAGCUUUCCGUGACCUGCUGCCUGCGGCACUCUGA